UAUACCACUGUAAUACACAUCACCCGGACAUGCCCCAGUAUAUAUACCACUGUAAUACGGCGCGCAGAUAACAACUUAAUCUCAAGGACGAAGUGUAACAACAGCUGUCGUGCAUCAAACCGUUUCUCCCGACCGUAGGCUUCCACACGAGGACGCUGGUCACCGUACGUUACUGAGCAGGCGGCAUAGACCACUCGUACGACAGGACAGGUUAAGACACAAAACAGCGUCUGAUUUUCUGUUGUUUGUGCAUCGACACGUGUAGGCUUACCUGAGACUGGUAAGGUUGGGCUGAUAAAAGACACUCAAUUUCAUCACAGAGAGGACGCCAAAUAUCCAAAAAUAAAAUCCCACGUGCUCUAGUUUCGUGUGACAUGUCUUUUACGUCAGCGCUAUUCAUAGUUGCCAUGGUGUCCGACAGCGGCGUCAUCUCGCGGAGUCGUUACGCCAUGUACGUGUGGACCACGGGCUGGGACUCCUCCAUACCUGGAUGUGAUGAGGGGAAGUUCCUCACCUGGGACAGCACGUGUACGUCACACACCUGGGACACACCAGCCAAGAGACAGUGGUUAUGGGACACCUGUAACCUGCCGGGGAGAGAGGUGGACCUCAUUUUCUUGUCAGAUGUUCACCGUCCUCUGGAGAGAGGCUACCUCAGCAACGACUGCUCACUGCCGGAAAUCCAGCGCAUCAAAACCGCUCUCACGGAGGGUCACGCUAGAGUACCCGACCUCAAGAUUUACGCCCUGUAUGCUGUAAGCGACCUUCCAGUCUCGGAGCAGUUUCUGGUGAAGUUUGUUGUGUGGUAUAACGACAUAUGUGCAGCGAGCGCAGCAGAGAGGUUUGACGGAAUUGCCGUGAACAACGAGGCUUUCUCAAAAAUCAAAUGUGGGAAGGAGAAGCCGAUCAAGACAUAUCUGGAUAACUUGAUGGCUGUCAAGAAAGAGGCCAAGAAGCAAGCCAAUGGCGUGCUUAAGACGCAUUAUUCCAUUGGCUGGCACUGGGGACUACAGUGUUCCACUGGCCCAGCGACAUCGAGGCUGAUCAGCUGGGGCGGCAAGAGGGCAAAGGUCACUACCCACAUGAUUGACAUAUUUGACAGCGUGGACGCCCAGGUGGCGUAUACUCGUACAAGCCAAGUGGUGGAGAGAAGCAAAUGGGCCGACUACGACUAUGCAGUGACUGCAGGCAAACCUUUCUAUACCACCAUCUACACCAACAAGGGGACGGCGUGUCAGACGACCUACUUUCCUCAGUCUUGUCCCUGGGGAGAGAAGACGGAGGCUGCCAUGUUUGCUCUCUUUGACUCCUAUCCGAAAGACAUUGAGCAUGCGCGACCUUGCAUUCAUUAUUUCCGGGGCAUCUACUCCAGCGGUGGGCAUUCUGAUUGGCCAGCUCACAAACAAUCACGCGACGUGCUGGUGGGAUAAAGGUCAUGC